AUGGCACGGUGCAUGCCAAGACAUUGCCUUUUCUCCAUAUGGGGAUUUCUGGAAGCAAAUGAGAAAAGUUUGCGUUUUGAAAAUCUUAAGUGCCAAGAGGGUCCAGAUCAUUCUCUACUCUUAGAGAAGAAGAGAGCAGCAUUCGGUAGCAAAUGCAAAGACCAAGAUGAAUUUCUAUCAUUGACCAAGGAAUUUAUAUCCUUGUCAGGACGCUUUGAUCAGUUAGCUGAUUUCUUCCCUUCACAUAAAUGUGUUCAUUUUAUUAGCAGGUUGAAAGCAAAACUAGUGAAGAUUCAUAGGAAGAUCGACAAGAUCCUGGAGAAUAUCAUCCAUGAGCAUAGGGAGAAAAAGAUGAGUGCAUCAAAUAGCAAGUCUGAAAUAGAGCGGGAAGAUUUUGUUGACGUCCUUCUACGCCUUCAACAAAGUGUGUCACUUGUUUCUAUCCAUUCUUUGAUGGCGCUCCAAUAUUCCUUAGCUAUCACCACUUUCCUUCUUCUCCUCUCUUUGGCCUGGCUGUUAAAGUUAUGGAAAAGAUCCAAAGUUGAGAAAUUGCCUCCAGGGCCAUGGAAGUUACCUAUUAUAGGAAACUUGCACAACUUGGUAGGUAAGUCACUACCACACCAUGCUUUAAGAGAUCUAGCCUUGAAGCAUGGACCCCUCAUGCACCUAAAAUUGGGUGAAGUUUCUACGCUUUUUGUGUCAUCCCCCAAGAUGGCCAGCGAGCUCAUGAAAACCCAUGACCUUGCCUUUGUGCAAAGGCCACUACUUCUUGCCCCUAAAAUUAUAAGCAAUGGUGGCACUGACAUUGCCUUUUCUCCAUAUGGAGAGUUCUGGAGACAGAUGAGAAAAGUUUGCGUUUUGGAACUCUUAAGUGCCAAGAGGGUCCAGUCCUUCUCUUCUAUUAGAGAAGAAGAGGUUCACAAUCUCAUUGACUCCAUCCACUCAUCUUCAGGAUCUGUAAUCGACUUCAGUGAACGCAUUUUCAAUUCCACCACAACUGUUUUAUGUAGAGCAGCAUUCGGCAGUAAAUGCGAAGACCAAGAUGAAUUUCUAUCAUUGACCAAGAAAACAGUAGCCUACGCAGGAGGCUUUGAGUUGGCUGAUUUGUACCCUUCACAUAAAUUUGUUCAUUUGAUUAGUCGGACGAAAUCUAAGCUACAGAAGAUUCAUGCGAAGAUGGACAAGAUCCUAGAGAACAUCAUCCGUGAGCACAGGGAGAACCGGAUGAGUACUUCAUCAGCAAAGACGGAAGAUCUUGUUGACGUCCUUUUAGGCCUUCAGCAGAGUGAUAAACUGGAGUUGCCAAUCACGACCAACAACAUCAAGGGCGUCAUUUUUGACAUAUUUACAGGUGGAACUGAUACUUCAUCAACCGCCGUAGUGUGGGCUAUGUCAGAAAUAAUGAGAAACCCUAGAGUGCUGGAGAAGGUACAAGCUGAGAUAAGACAAGCCUUCAAAGGGAAGAUACAAAUCCAGGAGAAAGACUUUCAGAAUCUAAGUUACUUGAAGUCGGUGAUCAAAGAAACUCUGAGGUUACACCCUCCUGCUCCUUUGUUAAUGCCAAGAGAAUGUAGAGAGGCAUGUGAAAUUGAUGGAUAUGAGAUACCUGUCAAAACCCAAGUCUUCGUAAAUGCAUGGGCCAUUGGAAGAGAUCCUGCAUACUGGCAUGAUGCAGAGAGUUUUAUACCAGAGAGAUUUGAGAGUAGUUCAAUUGACUAUAAAGGGACUAACUUUGAAUUUAUCCCUUUUGGGGCAGGAAGGAGGAUGUGCCCAGGAAUUUUAUUUGGUAUAGCCAAUGUUGAACUUCCUCUUGCUCAACUAUUAUACUGGUUUGAUUGGGAACUCCCAGACAAGAUGAAACCAGAGGAUCUAGACAUGACUGAAACCUUUGGUGGUGUUGUCGCAAGGAAAAACCACUUGCAUUUGAUUCCCACUUCUUUUAGUCCUUCACUUGCCCUUUAAGGCAUGAUCAGAUAUUAACCAGCUCAUUUAGCAAGAAGAAUAAAGACAGUCUAUUUUGGUGAGAAGUAUGCUUAGUUGGCAAGAAUAAAGUAUUUUUCCAUUAAAUAAUUAUGUAAUCUCUAAUUAGGAAAAAUAUAUAUAGGGAGCAUAUCCUUCUUCUCCAUGCA